AUGUCGAAUGCGGUUGGCACUGUUAUGCUGCGAUGUCCAAUCUGUGAACGUUGGCAAAUGGUCACUGAAAUGCGCCAACUUUUACCUUGUUUACACCUAUUUUGUUCCACGUGUCUCAAUAAGAGAAGCACAGAUAAGAUAUGUCUAAUGCUUCAUUGUUUUUCCAACGUUCGUACUGAAACUCUCACAUUAAAUAACUGUGACAAUGAUAUGUGUCCGAGGAAAUUAUCAUUUUACGACUCAAAUCCUGUAGGAAAUUGCAAGCAUGAAUUAUGCAAUUCUUGUUUUGAAGAACUUUCCAAAAUGCAACCUGCAGUAUGCCCAGUAAUAGGUUGUGAUGAACCAUUAGGUGACAACGAUAUUAGUGAAGGAUGUGAUAGUUGUAAAAAAUCGUUGUUGGAUGUCAAAUAUAUUAUCACAAAAUGUUGCAAUGCACGAUACUGUCUUCAAUGUGCAACUAAAAAAUUAUAUCUCAGCUCAAAUGGUUCCUUUUUUUCCUAA